AUGAUAGUUUGGGUUCAUCUUCCCGAGCUGAAAAUCCACUUCUACCACAAGGAGGUUCUGACUACCUUGGGUAACUUGAUUGGACGCACGAUUAAGCUUGAUUACCAUACCCUCACCCAACAAAGGGCAAAAUUCGCUCGGCUUGCAGUGGAGGUCGAUGUUUCCAAGCCUCUCGUUCCUAGGAUUUGGCUGGAUGAUGACUGGCAGCCCGUUGAGUACGAGAAUCUUCCUGUCGUUUGCUUUGAGUGCGGGAAAAUUGGCCACUCUGCUACGACUUGUCCCCUGCUCCGGUCGGUCUCUGUCACAGUGGCGGCGGAUAUCGUCGCCGACGGCUCACAAGCUCUCUCGCCGGACUUUCGCAGGAAACGAACGCGGGAUUCGGCCCGUGGAUGCUAG